AUGGCGGCAACAUAUAGCAGUGGCGGAACAGCGACGGCAUUGGCGGCUCAAAGAGUUGCAGCCAUCAGUCCCAAUAACUCCAGUCACAGCCAUUCAGCGUCGCCAUAUGCUAGUGAGGAGUAUAUCAAGAACUUGCACACUCAACGUGCCCAUCAGCAACGUGCUGCUUCCCAAUAUGCACAUCCGGCCACCGAAGCAGCAAGCCAACAAAUAUUAACAGCAGCAGGACCUGUGCCCGCACCGCCCCCGCCAACAUCUGCGCCUCCAAGUGCCGGACAAGGCUCUGUGCUCUACCCGAGUGCAGCGUACAGUGAUCACGGCUUCCUGCAGAUGACCCUAGGCUAUUUGUCGCCCUCGUCGGGCACAUAUAAGUCUGUGGAUCCCUACUUUUUAUCCCAAGCCAGCCUGUUUGGAGGAGCGCCCUUCUUUGGUGCGCCAGGCUGUGUGCCCGAGCUGGCAUUGGGUUUAGGCAUGGGCGUCAAUGCGCUGCGUCAUUGGCGACGGCGCAAGGCGCGCACGGUGUUCAGCGACCCGCAGCUGUCUGGCUUGGAGAAACGUUUCGAGGCGCAGCGUUAUCUGUCGACGCCGGAGCGUGUGGAGCUGGCAACAGCGCUGGGAUUGAGCGAGACGCAGGUCAAGACUUGGUUUCAGAAUCGUCGAAUGAAGCAUAAGAAGCAGCUGCGUCGACGCGAUACUGCCAAUGAGCCCGUUGACUUCUCACGCACCGAACUGGGCAAGCAACAAAGCGAAGGCUCCUCCAACUCCGCCACAGAAGGCGCCAAGUCAAGCAAGCUGCGUGGGGCGGGCAGCUCAACGCCCAAUAGCCAGCAGUUGUCGAUGUGUUUUCUUCAGCAUGGCUACUCUACGGAUGAUUAUUCGGAUCUGGAGGCGGACAGCGAAGGGGAGGACAAUUCCAGUGAUGUGGAUAUUGUGGGCGACAGCAAGUUAUAUCAACUAACAUAGGCGUCCAAGGCAAAGGCAAACAAAAGUAGCAAUAAAGUUUAAAUAUAAAGACAGCAAAUACGCAUAAAGUUUAAGUAACAAUAUUUAACCUUUUUUGUUGUUUUUUAUUGUUUU